GCGUGGGGCGCGCCACUGCGAUGGCGGCGACGCGAGGACCAGCAUCUCUGGUGGCGGCUGUGGCGCUGCUGCAGGCGGCGGCGGUCUGCGCGCACGGCCGGGGCCUCUGGCAGCAGGCGUUCGCACCGGUCGAUGCCCUGUGGCCGGAGUACCGCAGGGCGCCGGCGGCCCAGCGCGCGCCCCCCGAGGAGCCCUCCUCCAGGGACCUCACCGUGGGGCUGGCCGUCGGCGUCGGCGACACCGACGGCGACGGCGACGGCGCCGCCUCCCCGGGCUCCGCUCCAGACUGGCCGACCCGACCGUACAGUGGAAUGACACCCGACGGCGCCACAUUCAGAAUGCGGGUGGCGCCCAGCGCUGAGGACGCAGCGGCCGCCUACCAGUGGCCGGCGCUGCAGGUGCUGCCACCUGUCGGUCCCGCGUGGUACCAGCUGGCGGCGCCCGCCGCUCCAACUGGCCUCGAGCCAUAUCAGACGUACAGGUGGUACAGGCCGCCCCCGCCGCCGCCAGAGGAGGCAGUGGAGGCGUCGCAGGUGGUGGGCGGGCGCCCCCUCAGCCUGGCGGGGCCCUACGGCGACCGCCGCGUCGGGGCCUUCCGCCUGCGGGCCGACCGCGGCUACCAGCUCACGAUGGACAUUCCUCCGGCAGCGCCUCCGGGCUCGCGUGCGGACGGCGUCCUCGUCAUGGAGAUGAAGGCCAAUCUGUACAGGCCGGUCGUCUGAACGGGCCGCUGCUUCUCUCAGCACCCCAUCGCCGUAACAGGAUGGCGUAUUUCUGUAUUAUGGAUAAAUAUAUUAAAAUCGUAGCAUUACGUA